AUGGCGGUCAAUAGUGCCGCACCUCUAGGGGACAUCGGCGACGACGUGCUUGCUAAAAUCUCCGAGGACUGCCGCAUCUCGGUGCACGACAUCGAAGACAUCUACCCUUGUACACCUUUUCAACGCGGCCUCUUGACCGAUUCUGAAUUAUACAUUCAACGUUUCGUCCACUCUCUCGACGUGACUGUGGAUGUGGACCAGUUCAGUGCGGCCCUCCGCCGCGUCGUAUCGCUGAACGAAACUCUAAGAACGCGAAUCGUGGACUGCGACUUGGGGUUAGUCCAAGUAGUGGUGAAAGAUGGGUUACGAACAUCAGAUUGCGUACUCCGGCCCUCGCAUCUGGAUCUUCAGCAAUAUCUCCAUCAUGACCGGUCAGCAGCGAUGCACUUGGCCACGCCACUGGCGAGGUUUGCCAUCGUUGGGAGAAAGCUAGUGACCACUAUUCACCAUGCAAUAUCGGAUCAUUACUCACUCAAGUUUCUCAUCGCGGAUACGUGGCAAAUCUACAAGAAUCGAGCACCCUCGCGGCACGCACCGUUCAAAAUGUUUGCCCAGUACUGCAGUGCUAUCGACAGAAAGCGAGCAGCCGCAUUCUGGAAGUCCCAGUUCAGAGGAGGUGUGCCUGCGAUAUUUCCAAGCAUCCCGCCCGAGCACCCGGCGAAGGCAUCUCGGAAAACCGUGCGCAACAUAUCACUAAAAUCGAAGGUCCCACCGGCUCUCAUGCCUGCAUACAUCGAAGCUGCGUGGGGCAUGACGGCCGCCGAUUACAGUGGCAGCGACAUCGUCGCCUUUGGUUAUGUCAUGUCCGGGCGAAGCCCCGCCCUGGCCGGUGCAGAGACGACUCUGGGACCAACAAUUACCACCGUCCCUAUGCAGGUAGAUCUCAAACCCGGCAUGACGAUACAGCAGCUGCUCAAAUCGCGAACCCAAUCUCGGCGAUUACUGUCGACGAAUCCUGCUUUGCAAUAUGGCAUGGCAAGGAUUCGUCAUAAUGUGAGCGACGAGGCACGCAUUGCGUCUAGCUUUCAAACGGUGCUCAACAUACUCCACGAGGCCGAAAAUGAGGCGGACACCCCCGGCCUGGCCCUUGAUGAAGAGAUGGACAUUGAUAGAGCCUAUGGUCUUGUUCUCACGUGUACCCUGGGCGACAAUGGUGUCCUCGUCAAAGCCUCGUUCGACAGCACGGUUCUUCCCGAGACUCAGAUGCAGCGAGUUCUCCGGCAGAUGGAGCAUCGCCUGAGAGCGCUGAUAGACUCGCCUCCCAACACAGCAGUCAGAGCAUUGCAAUGUCUCAAUUUCUCAGAUACUCUCGAGCUCAUGGCCUGGAACAGAAACUUCCCAGAGACUAUGGAUAAAUGCCUGCAUAGUACCUUCUCUUGGCAAGCCGGCUACGCGCCAGAUGGCAUGGCCGUGGAUGCUUGGGAUGGAAGAGCUACUUACCACGAAUUGGAAACCAUGGCAACCAAUUUUGUAUGGGAGCUGCAGCAAGCUAAUGACAUCUCUCCCGGGGAGCCUAUCCUGUUCUCAUUGGAAAGGUCUCUGUCGGCCGUGGUUGCUGUCCUGGGUAUCAUGAAAGCUGGCGGCGCCUGCGUACCUAUCGACGUCUCUCUUCCACAAGCCCGCAAAGAUUCUAUCGCGCACAUCGUCGGGUCUCGGGUUGUAGUGACCUCGUCCACUAAGGAGAAAAUCGCAGGUUGUAUAUCCCACAUCAUCAUGCUCGAUCCGAAGACGCGUCCUACCUCGCCCGAGUCACCAGAGCUUGACCCAAGCCGGCCAGCAUAUAUCAUGUUCACCAGUGGGAGCACUGGACAGCCCAAGGGCGUAGUAUUGGAGCAUCGCUCGCUCGCAGCUUCGUUCUCCGCGUUUGCAAACCGGGUAGGCUGGACCAAAGGAACCCGCGUCCUACAAUUCGCGGCUCCGGCCUGGGAUGCUUGUGCACUGGAAAUGCUGGGCCCACUCAUGGUGGGUGGAUGCGUCUGCAUACCCUCCAACGAGGCACGCGAAUCUGCCCUUGGAGAGUACAUAAACUCUGCCAGGGUCGACUUUGCUAUCCAGACACCGACAGCCCUCCGGAAUCUCACGCCCGAGGGCGUUCUCCCAUCUCUGAAGGCACUCAUGUCAGCUGGCGAGCCAAUACCGCCCAAUGCUUCCCAGUACUGGGGAAGCAAGAUGCGACUAUUCAACGGAUGGGGGCCGUGCGAAGCAUCAGUCUGCGCUGCUAUAGCGGAGCUCACUCCCGCGUCCGUCUUUCCCGACACAAUUGGGACACCGGUAGGCGGCGCCCUAUGGAUCGUUGACCCCGAGAACCCGAACAAGCUGUUGCCAAUUGGCGCUGUGGGCGAGAUCUUGGUCGAAGGACCGGGAGUCGCGCGGGAGUACCUCAAUGAGCCAUCCAAGACUGCUAACUCUUUCAUAACGCCGCCGGCUUUCGUUCCGAAACGCGGGAGCCUACCCAGGAAGCUUUACCGCACGGGUGACUUGGCAAAAUAUAACCAUGACGGAAGCAUCGCAUUCAUAGGCCGGCAAGACAACCAGGUCAAGAUACGCGGCCAACGAUUCGAGCUGGCCGAAGUCGAGGAAGUUCUCGCGAGAGAUCCUCUUGUUGCGGCUAUCGCUCUUGCAGUUCACCGGCCCUCGGCGACGGACCGUAAGGAGCUGAUAGCCGUUCUCAACUUUUCCGGUGACUCUGGAUAUUCUUCCCCCUCCGAAGGUGCUGACGAUGGGCUGCGGGAAGUCUUCCUCGACGAGGGCAACGUGAAGCAACUACAGGCUAUCUGUGACUUUGCCAAAGCCAAAUUGCCCACCUACAUGGUCCCCACGGCAUGGGUGGUCGUGGCCGCCUUGCCGCAAACAAUAUCUGCGAAAAUCGAUCGCGCCAAGAUCAGAGACUGGUUGACCGGGCUAGACAUAUCAGCCGCCCGGAACAGAGCCAAUGGAGGACAGAGCGGAGUAUCUUCUCUCCGCUUGACACCGCCAACCAACCGCACAGAAGAAGCGUUGCGGCACGAAUGGUCGGCCGUGCUGGCUGUAGAAAAGGACAAGAUCGGGCGCGAGAGUUCGUUUGUGAAACUUGGCGGCGAUUCUAUAAUUGCAAUGCAAGUGGCAUCUCGUUGUCGAAAGCAUGGCUUCCGCAUCCACGUUGCUACAUUGUUACGGACAGGGACACUUGCUGAAGCUGCCAACGAGACUGAGGCGCUCGAUGAUACCUCGGUCAUACCAACACUGAGGAGCGCAGAGGAGGCCCUGGACUUCUGUCUGUCACCGAUACAAAAGUUUCUUGCCGACAAUCGCGGACCAGCAUCCAACAACCGUUUCAACCAAGCGUUUCUUCUGGAGAUCAACGUGGACGAUACCACGGCAGACACUUCUUUACAUGUUGAACAGGCGCUCCAAAAACUCGUUACUCAACACUCUAUGCUGAGGGCUCGCUUCUCGCCCUCAUCAGAUGACAAAGGAAACGCAACAUUUAUUCAAAGGAUUUUACCUGCCCAUGGGGCACAAACAUGGCGCUUCUGCGUUCAUAGUGUCGACAGCGAAGAGCACAUACAGAAUAUUGUCAAUGUUACUCAAGCCAGCCUGGAUAUUCUCAAGGGGCCAGUGUUUGCAGCAGACGUAAUACUCGCCCCCGCGGGCCAAACGUUGCUGUUUAUGACUGCUCACCACCUUGUAAUCGACCUGGUUUCCUGGCGUAUUCUCUGGGAAGAUCUCGAGGCCAUUCUUCGCGACCACACGCACUCUCUGUCCCCGAGCCUUUCUUUUCAACUAUGGGUGAAGCAGCAGCAAGAAAACACGUUCAAGGAAUUCCAGACAGUCUCUAGGGAGCAACACACUGUGUGGCCCAAGGCUGACCUUGCUUUCUGGGGCAUGCACGACCGAGUGUCCAUCAUGGCUGACAUGAAACAUAUACGGUUCGCGCUUGAUCGGGAACAAACAAUUCGUAUCAUGGGCGAGGCAUGCAACUCCCCUUUCAACACAACGCCUCCUGUGUUAAUGCUCACGGCGAUCUUGCAAUCCUGGUGGCGAGUGUUCCCGGAAAGAGGUGCACCGGCACUAUACAGCGAGGCGCACGGAAGAGAUUUAAGUAAAGGGUCAGCAAUGGAUCCUUCGCGGACUGUGGGCUGGUUUACCACGAUGAUGCCACUCGCUGUGGCGGGAAUCAAUGCAUCGAGCACCCUUAAAUAUGCAGUGAUGGCCGUGAAGGACUAUUAUCGCGACAUGUCUGCGAGGGCAACACAAGAGUUCACUUCACAAGUGCUACAGUCAGACUCUUUUCGAAGGUCUGACGUUGAAAUGAUUUUCAACUUCGUUGGACACUUGCAGCAGGUGACCCGACGGGAUGCUCUAUUUAAGCUGUUGGAUCGUGCUUCGAUUGAACUGAAAGGCGCGGAAGACGCUGAACAAGUCGGACUUCUGAGUAUCUUGGCCCAUAUUGGCGAAGAUGGGGGUCUCACCUUCACCCUCGACUACAACGGUCAUAUGGCUCACCAAGACCGAAUUGCUCUCUGGAUUCGAGAGCUGGAGGCAUGCUUAGUAACCCUAGCCAAAGAGCUACCCCUGGAGGGGACUCGACUGACAUGGAGCGAUCUCCCACUGCUAAAGCCCGGUAAAACCAAUCUUGGGCAGCUCCAUGCCCGCCUAGCUGAUAUUGGCGUCGCUCCGGAGAACGUCGAGUCUAUCUAUCACUGCACAGCGUUACAGGAAGGCAUUCUGUUUUCCCAGAUGAAGCGCGAGUGGAAGGGGGAUGAAUAUCGCGAUCGCUUCGCUUUCAGACUUGCGACCCGCAGCAAUACGAAAGUAGACACGGCAAGGGUUAUUGAUAGCUGGAAAGCCCUGUGCAAAGCUCAUCCUGUCUUGCGAACAAUCUUCACCACCGGGCUCUCUGGGGAUGGCGCGUUUCAGCAGAUUGUUUUGAAGCAUAGCGAACCCUCUGUGUCGAUUGAGCAGAUGCCUGUGAACUGCUCGGACAUAACAGAGGUUUUCAAGAACCCUAAGGCGGCUUAUUACGUUCAGAACCAACCACCUCACCGCUUGUCUCUAUAUGAAGGGCCGGGUAACGUCGCCUACGCCAUCCUGGACAUCAGCCACACGAUUCUGGAUGCAAGAACCAUGAGAGCGAUAUGGGAGAAUAUCGGACGAGAAUAUUCCUAUCGCAAGAGCAUUGUCAAGGGGCGAAAAUUUUCUGACUACGUCGCCUGGCUGCAAAACCAAGGGGACGCUGUGCAACAGUACUGGAGGACAUACGUUGCGGGGGCUCAACCUUGCCUUUUGGCCCCAGGUGCCGCAGUGGCGGAUUCCACUUACAUAACCAGAGGUCCAGAGAUACCGUUCAAAGAUGCUCGCAGUCUCACGGCGUUCUGCCAGGCUCAAGGGAUAACUGUUGCGAACUUCAUGCAAGCGGCGUGGGGAGUUGUUCUGCGACUGUACACAGGCCUUCCAUCCGUCUACUUCGGGUGUCUUCGAUCCGACGAGGAUGGACUAGACGGUCUAGCGGACAUUUUAGGGCCCUUGGUGACUAUGCUGGUCUGCAAAUUCAAUUUCGAAGAUCCCAGGACAACUUCCUUAGGACUGCUCGAAACGGCUCGAGAAGACGCAGCUCGCGGGCUGCGAAACUCCGGGUGCUCUUUGGCCCAGUUGCAUGACGACAUUGGCCUGUUGACUUCGCCGCUCUUCGACACCAUCAUGACCAUCCAGCAUCUCUGGCCAGCCGACCUUUCGCUGGGCGACGGGGAUCUGGUAGUUCAACCUAUAGAAGGAGAGGAUCCGACAGAAUAUUCGAUCUCGGUCAAUGUCCACUAUUCCAAGAAUGAGCUCUUCCUUCGACUUUCAUAUCAGCGUGCGCGGAUUUCCGAGCAAAUGGCCGAGCGCAUCGCUGAGACAUUUGCAACGGUGAUUGCGAGAAUUCUCGAGAGUCCGGAGCAGGCCCCGCUGGAGUCUCUAGAGCCCAUAAUGGCAGCCAAUAAAUCGACGACGUCAGAACACUCCGCUCAAAUUGGCACCGACCUGCUACUCCUCAAGAGCUGGAACUCCAAAACCCCAGCUGCAGUCGAGGAAUGCAUCCCACACAGAGUACGGUCCGUCGCAAGUCGGCAUCCUCUUGCUCCUGCAGUCUGCUCUUGGGAUCGCAACUUGGACUACGGUCAGCUAGACAUGUUGUCCGACUGCUUGGCGUAUAAGAUCCUAACGGAGUACGGAAUCGGAGUGGAGAUGAUCGUGCCCUUUGCCUGCGAAAAGGCAGCAAGCGCAAUCGUCUGUCUACUAGCUAUAUCCAAAUGUGGCGCCGCAUUUCUCCCUCUGGACACCACGUACACUCCAGACCGCCUCGUUACAGUGUUGGAGGAUGCAAAUGCUUCGCUAGUUCUCGUAAACUCGCUCAGUAUACUUGCGAAGAUGAGAGCCUGCACUUCACAAGCCGUCGUCCUAGUCGACCUCGAUGAUGUAAUCAAGGAGAGCCUCGCUCGGAGCGCCAGCGAGAUUCGCAGCGAACUCGUAUCCGUUUUGGUCAAGCCGUGCGACGCCGCCUACGCUGUUUACACGUCGGGCAGCACAGGAAAGCCGAAAGGAAUAUUGGUGGAACACAGGAGCAUCGCCACCAGCGCGGUAGGGCACGCUCAGCGACUAGGUAUAACGGAACGAAGUCGGAUGCUACAGCUAGCGAACUUCGCAUUUGAUCUCAGUCUUGGCGAUAUCAUGUACGCACUGUUCUCCGGGGCUUGCUUGUGCAUGCCGUCAGAGAAGGAGAGGACAGACGACAUUGCUGGCGCGAUCAAUCGCACCAAGGCUAACUUCCUCUGGGCGACGCCGACUCAUGCAACCUUAUUGACCCCGGAAGAUGCUCCGACGCUGCGGACGAUGUCGCUGAUAGGAGAGCCAAUGAGGCAGGGGAACAUGGAGACCUGGGCGUCGCAUGUUCGCCUGACCAACUCGUACGGCCCGGCUGAAGCCGCGGUGAUGGUGAGCUGCAGGGACGUUGCCAUUGGCGACAACAGCCAAGAUGUUGGAUACCCUUCAUGUUGCCGCUUUUGGGUUGUCGACCCGGACAACCAUGACGAACUGGUGUCGAUUGGCACAACCGGCGAGCUCAUCAUUGAAGGACCUGUUGUGGCCCGUGGCUAUAUUAACAACCCAGAGGCGACAGCUGCCGCAUUCAUCAACCCACCGGCAUGGACUAAUAGUCCAGAGUUUACCUCCUUGAACCUAGCUUCACAGCGAUUCUACAAGACUGGGGACCUAGUCACUCAAAUGGGCGAGCAGUCGUUCAUCUGCGAAGGCCGAAAGGACACGCAGAUCAAGAUCCGUGGACUGAGGAUCGAGCUAGGCGAGAUCGAAUACCAUUUGAACCAUCACGCGGAGCAAGGCUGGAACUGGGUGGUGGAAGUCAUCCGGCCAAGUUGCAGUGAAGAUGCAUGCCUUGCGGCUUUCUUCCAAGUGGAGGGCCUCGAUUCUGCAGGCGUGGCUGGCUCAACCGACGGCGGCUCAGGAUGUGGCAUUGGGCUUCUCCAACCCUUGCCGGAGAAAGCUUCUGCGGCGAAGGACAUGCUCAGCCGCACCGUCCCAGCCUACAUGGUCCCAGACUAUUUCAUACACCUUCAGAAGCUCCCCACCACAUCAUCGAUGAAGACGGACCGUAGGUCCUUGCGUGCAAUAGCGGCCGGCCUUUCCAAGGCCGACUUACUAGCCUUUCGUGCGCUGGAAAAGCCCCACAGUCUUGAGCACCACCAUGCGAUCGAAUAUAGGAAGGAGGUCGCAGACGGUGAGGUCUUCAUGCAACAAGCUUGGGCUGAGGUGCUUGGCAUUUCCGCAGAGGUAAUUAGCGCAGAUGAUGACUUCUUCCAAGUUGGUGGAAACUCAAUCCGCGCGAUGCGCCUUGUCGCGCGACUGAGGAAAGCUGGUCGCGAACUCUCCGUUGUGGAUGUUUUCGACGCUUCCAGACUGGCGGACAUGACCUCGAAAACAAUUUCUUCCCCCAGCGCCGGUCAUCUGCCAGCGGAUGACCCGGUCAGCAUGAAGAAGGCACCCAUUACCGCUGGGUCGGAUGCCAUGCCGCGCCUUGCUGAAAUGGGCAAGAAGUGGACGUGGUUGAAAAGUGAAAAUAUCGAGAGUGUCAGACCUGCAACGGAUACCCAAGCUUGGAUGCUCGCUGUGAGCAAUAUUGAGGGCCACGGGUUUGACGACGGUGUUUCGCUUAUACCUUCGCCCGGGCAUACCCUAGACCUCUCCAAGCUCCAAGAAGCGUGCCAGCAGGUCCUCCGUCAGCAUGCCAUCCUGCGGACCGUCUUUGUGCAGCAUGAUUCCCAGCUAUUCCAAGUUAUUCUCCGGGAGCCCCCAGUCGAACAGGUUCACGCAUGGCCAAACGACCGCAGCAAGGAUAGGGAGUGGUCGAUCUCCGGCCAGUCGGGACUAUUCAAAACUCUCCCGCACUUCCACCUGAGCAGUGACGGCGGUACCUCCUGCCAUAAGCUCGAGCUGAGGAUUCACCAUGCACUCUACGAUGCCAUUUCACUCAGAUGCCUCCUGCAAGAUCUGAGCGCAGCUUAUGCUGGCCAGGCCCUCGCGACAAGACCCACAAGCUUCCAUGAAUGGGUGUCGCAUGUCACCAGCGAGGAAACGGCCAACGCGAAGAAGUUCUGGAAGGGCCUCCUUAGAGGGUCAAUGUCGUACUCCCUGUCACCUCACAUCAGCUCGCCGGUGUCCGGCAAUCCAGCAGAUUCCAAGCUUCGCAUCUCAGUGCCUUCCAAGGUCCUUCAGGUGACUAAUGGCACGGCUGCCAUGAUCCUAAAUGCCGCAUGGGGCUUUGUUCUAGCACAUGUGCUCGAGCAACAGGACGUCAUCUUCGGCUAUAUCAGUGCAAAUCGAUACUCCGCUCGUCUGCCUGGCGUCGAGCAGGUUGCUGGUCCUUGUAUCAAUAUAUUGCCCGUACGUGUACAUCUCAACGGGAACUUGACUGCAGAGGGCAUCGUAUCGGAACUGCAGCGGCAGUCGAGGGAUUCCAUGGAGCAUCAGCAUCUGGGAUAUCGCUCCAUCAUCCGAGACUGCACGCAGUGGCCUACAAGCAGAUUCAACUCCAUCAUUGUGUUCCAGAAUCACGAGUCCCUUGGCAACCUCAUCAACGUGGGUGGUGCUGAAUGCAAAUUUUCGGGCGACGGCCGAGUCGGCGAUUCUGCUGACGUGUGGCUCACUGCUAUGCCUCAAUUGGACGGCCAGCUCAACUUAGAUCUGCAUUAUUCCGCUGCGAACAUAGCUCCCGAGCAAGCACAUUGGAUGUUGGCAUGCCUCGAGGCUGUGCUGAACGCAUUCUCUGGAUCCUGGACAGAGAGCCUCUCCCAAGUCACGCUCCAUGUUCUGGAAACUAGAGGCAGCUACCCAGCAUCCCCCUUAGUGGAGGGACGCACUGGCAACUCGAUGGAUGAUAGUACCAGCGUACAUGGCAAUAUCUACAAGGAAACGAAGCUGUCACGCUCCGGAGGCCGCCAAUGGGACGACCGAUCUGGCAAUAUGUUUGAGAACGGCCAGCAGUGUGCCGAUCUCGUCAAUGAGAUGCUGCUUUCUGGGCAUUAUAAAUACCUCUAA